AUGGACGUACCUUUCAGCUCCUCGGGCGCCCUAAGUCGAGCGCAUUAUAACAUAGUCAGAAAGGUGGAGACUGCCUCAACACCCCAACAAGCAGACCAGUUAUUAGCUUUAGAAAUCAAGACCACCCAUGAACGACUCUCGAAACGCUCUCUCACAAUCAAAGAAUGCAAGGAAUGUCUGGUCAUCCUACUUUACUGUGCAUCCGCAGCUACCCCAGGAUACCUCCCUCACGACACAUUCGACUUUGGCCUGACCCACGCGUUAAACCUCGCGGCCGCGGGCAAGUCCAUCGAAGAUAGGCGUAUAGGAUAUUUGUAUUGCACUGAAUUAAUGCCUGCUGACCAUGAGUUGCGAUUAAUGAUGAUCAACACUAUUCGCAAGGUUGAUCUUGAAAGUGGGGUCGUCGGGAGACUCUGCCUCGCUCUGGAAAACUUGAUUUCCAUGGCAAACGAGGACAUAGUGCCUGCAGUCAGGGAUCCCCUGCAGAUUCUUCUCUCUCAUCCACAAGGACCAGUGCGACGUCGGGCUAUCCUAGCCAUGAGGUCGUUGUCAACUUUCGACUCUCAACUGCUUGGACAUAACGCUCAGUUAAUACUGAAGCGGCUCCGAGACCACGAUGAAUCUGUGGUGAGCGCCGCGUUGGUCGCUAGUGCAGGUAUCCCAUCGUCCAAUCCCCAUUUCCCAAAGCUCCGACACGUCGUGAAUGGGAUGAUGUCUUCCAUUGAGCCGUCGGCUCAUGAUCAAGCUUCCACACCGUCGUUGGCAGUUGUUCAAUGUCUGCAAGCGUUAGGCAUGUCAGAGGAAAACAUUCCAUUCUGCAUCGACCUGGUUAAAUCAGCAUCCCUUGCGCGGAACCCUGCCCUCGUGUUGGGACUAUGCAGACUUCUGUCGCAGCAGACGCCUUUCAGCUUGAUUGAAGCGGAGAAGAAAUGUGGCAUGUCUCUGGUCCGCGGCUUGCAGGACUAUCUUACGUCCCACAAUUUGAACGACCAGUAUGUCUAUUUGGCUUGCUUAUUGGGCUUGGACCCAGACGUUUGGGCGGGAACGUCCCCUGACCACCCCAUCGUCCUCGAACCCUGGGAAGUGGAAAAGAUAAUGCAAUAUUUGGAUUCCCCGGAUACUCUACUUCGACGAAUGACAAUUACGCUAAUCGCAAAGAUCGAUCAAGGGAUCAUAGCUGCGUACCUUUCCAAGUGUUUGGAGCAUCUUCGGCCGGGACUGGAUCUCCCCACUUUAAACGUACUCGCCAUUCGAUUACUUGAUGUAGUCGAAGUCCUCACCGGGGACGAUGGGGAGAAAUAUGCACAAGGCCUCAAGGAUUUACUUGAUCGCCUGUCAUCGAAUGGUAUCAUGGAUCGACCCCGGGUUCUGGAAGGGGUUGUCGAAAACGUCCUCCUUUACAUCAGAGCCUCCAAUCACACUUUCCGGGUGUCUUGCGCCACCACCCUCCUGACCUACCUCAUCGAUUCUGCGGAUGAUGUAGGGCCAACGUUCCUGAUUAUCUGUUCGGCUUUAACGAUGGAAACAAUUGGCGCAACUGCCGUUUCACCGGUCGAGCUUCUUCAAGCCUUUUCUUCCAGCCUGAAGACAUCUUCGCCCAUUGUGCAGGACACUUCUCUGCUCACUGUCCUGCGUCUAAUUGCAGAAGUCGAUGAAUCACAGGCUACAGGGGCACUGGAGGUUGUGACUGAGCUGGAGAGACGUUCCGGAAGGCAUAUACGAAAGCAAGUCCUCGAACUAGGCUCAGACCCAAAGGCGCUCCGCGACCGCAUUCGGGCUUCUCCGUCUUCCACUUUACCAGACUUUCUGGAAGCUUUAGAACGCCCGCUUAAGCCAGUGCAAAAGCCCACUACAGCUUCAAGCUGUCCAGGAUCACCCAGUCGGAGCUCACCUAAACUUCGUUACACUGCCUACGAGGCACCCCAGGCUAUUCCUAGGUUACGGCACAAACGUUCGUCGAGUGCACACGGAAGUGUUCGAUCGGACAGUGUCUCCGAGAAAGGGUUGGACCGACGCCGUUCUCAAGACGUCGAAGCCCUUCAACUAUCCUUAGCUGCAGUCUCGCUCGGUAUCAAGCCUGAUAUCCCCUCACAAGAUCGAGGGUCAGAAGCUCCCGGAUUCCCGCAGGAUCCACCAAGGUCCGAUCUAAUCUCCUUGGACUCCCCAUUUGUGUCGGAGUCAGAUACCCAGGGUGACGAUUUGUCGGUCUCUGAAGAGUUCGAGGGCAAAUGGAACGGGUUGGGGGAUGACCAGGGCGCACGAGGCUGGUGUGGCACCUCUGUUACAGCUGUGCUGCGAAGACUGCAGCAGCUGAAUGGCUUUCGCCUCAAGUUGUUGCCUGGCGACAUACCACCCUUCUUCGGGGAGUUGAAAGUGAUAUUGGAAAAUGGUGGAGGUGAAACCCAGCAGUUGGUUUUGGUCCGGAUGAAGGAAUCUGAAGACGACAGCUGUCUUUGGAGAUUGAAGUGUGCAGAUGAAAGGCUGCGAAAGAACGUGAAGAAAGUGCUCAGUGACGACGACUGA